AAGAUCUUUACCCCCGCGUACGAUAGAUAAUAAUACCUUUGUUCCUUCCUUCUUGAGAUCGAGAGCCGACGACGACCCACACCUCUUCCUCCUGGUCAUCGCCGCGUCACAGAGACUCGCUUGACCACCUAAUUCUUGACUCGACCUUCCUGUAAUCGCGAUCUAUUUUCCACGAUGCUUGACUCCAACAACGUUUGAGAGAAAAGCCAUCACCUAUAAUUUCCAACACAAGCUAAUUCGAUUUAAAAACUCAUUUCAGGGUUUUAUACAAUGGAAACGUCGUCAAACUCUUCUCCACGGAGAAACUCAUCAAUCCUCUCAGCUUCUAACCUAAUCCAAGCUCCAAUAUCUACCUUGUUAGAGUAUUCCGGUCUAUUUCGACCACGAACUAAUCCUAGCCCCGAGGCGGAAACUCUCGUUUCUAAUGAUGAUUCUCCAGUGAUUAAUUCCAAUGGAGGAGAGGUUGCGAUUAGGAUAAUCGGGAACGCGGAGCAGGACGCUGCUGCUGCUGCUGCUGCUGAAAGUGAUAUCACUGGUGCUGCUCAGAGUGAAGUUCCGGGCUCUUCUUCUUCUGGUUCUGGUCAAGAAGGGGCUUCUCAGGGUGAAUCUGGUGGUGGAGAUGGUGCGAGUAGAGAUUCGCCGUAUCAAAGAUAUGAUAUUCAGCAGGCUGCUAGGUGGAUUGAGCAGAUUCUUCCCUUUUCUUUGCUUCUUUUGGUCGUCUUUAUUCGCCAGCAUUUGCAGGGUUUCUUUGUUGCAAUUUGGAUUGCUGCUGUUAUGUUCAAGUCGAAUGAUAUUAUGAAGAAGCAAACUGCAUUGAAGGGUGAGAGGCAGAUCUCGGCUUUAAUCGGGAUCGCUGUAGCGUUUACGGCUCAUGUGGUUGGUGUUUAUUGGUGGUUUCGUAAGGAUGAUCUAUUGUAUCCCUUGAUCAUGUUCCCUCCCAAGUCCAUACCUCCUUUCUGGCAUGCCAUUUUUAUCAUUGUGGUCAAUGAUACACUUGUGAGGCAGGCCUCGAUGAUAUUCAAGUGUUUUCUCUUGAUGUACUACAAGAACAGUAGGGGUCGAAAUUAUCGUAAACAGGGUCAAUUGCUAACUUUGGUUGAGUAUUUGAUGCUUCUGUAUCGCUCUUUGCUGCCUACCCCUGUAUGGUACCGUUUCUUCUUGAACAAGGAUUAUGGAAGCCUCUUCUCCUCUCUUAUGACAGGGCUGUAUCUGACUUUCAAGCUCACUUCUGUAGUUGAGAAAGUUCAAUCUUUCUUUACGGCAUUAAAAUCUUUGUCACGCAAAGAGGUGCAUUAUGGAUCGUAUGCAACUACAGAGCAGGUGAAUGCUGCGGGAGACCUGUGUGCCAUCUGCCAGGAGAAGAUGCACACCCCAAUUCUACUUCGCUGCAAGCACAUGUUCUGCGAAGAUUGCGUUUCAGAGUGGUUUGAGAGAGAGAGGACUUGUCCUCUGUGCAGGGCCUUGGUGAAACCAGCAGAUCUGAAAUCAUUUGGUGAUGGAUCAACCAGCCUUUUCUUCCAGAUAUUCUGAUUAACAUAUGCAUACAAGGACACUACAAAAAGUACAAAUAGUGAACCACAAGCCCCUUGGUAGAGAGUAUUAUUACCCGUUUAAGUUGUGCACGAAAGACACCACUGAUGAUGCCCUUGAAGAUGUUUAUACAAUCUCAUUUGUUAAUAUGAAUGAAAAUCGCCUUUUAUACAUUGCUUAGCCCAGAAAAAAAAAAGAAUUCAGUAAUCAAAAAAUCGUAUUUAUUCAAUAUGAAAAAAUUCUUAUUACAAUUAUCAAACAGUUUUUAUUUUCAUAAUGGUAAGAAAAUUUAACUCAACCGACUUACAAGACCUAUAAACCAGCCUGUGUAACACUUAUGGAUAAGCUUAAGCUUUCUUUUUAUCUACACAGUCUCUCCUCUUGCUUUAGCUCUGAGGUUUAUGUAAUGGAACAAGAACCUGCUUCAUCGCCAACAAACACUUUCACAAGUCUCCCCAUCUGUUUCUCCCAUAUAAACCACCUACCAUCAUCGCUUCCACUCGCCAUAUAUUCACCUGAAAUGUUCACAGUAAGUCAAUAAUGGAGUUGCAUUGAGACACCAACAAGUAUUUUGCAACAAGAAUAGACUUACUAACCUCUCUGUCCAAGAAAACUGGCUUGUUUAAUAUCAGUUCCAACGUUACAGUGGCCAACAUAUCUACGCUUCAUAUCAAU